AUGCGAAGAGUUAAAAACUCUACUCCAAUUGAGCUUUUUGAUCCUGAAAUUGAAGGUACCCUCAGGAAGAUAAGGGCAAGAAGAAAUUUAUUUGCCAUGGAGAAUAACAAUCAAGGAGCCAACAAUGAUGGUGCUAAUGAUGGUGGAGCUAACGUCCAAGAAAAUCCACAACCACAACAACAACGGUUUGGUGUUGGUUUGAAUCCAAAGCAAAUACAAUAUGUGUCUAAUGGAAAUUACAACUACCAGGGUAACAAUAUGCCAAACUAUUAUCAUCAAGGGUUUAGGAAUCAUGAGAACUUUUCUUAUGCCAAUAACAAAAAUGUCAUGCAACCACCUCCUGGUUUUAAUGCUCAGCCACAAGCAGAGAAGAAGCAAUCUUUGGAGGACAUAUUGGGUACUUUUAUGAUGGAGACCAACAAGUUAUUUAAUAAGAAUGAAGCGAGGUUUGAUAAUAUUGAAAUUCAUAUGUCUAACAUGGGGGCUACAAUGAAAAAUAUAGAGGUCCAAAAGAAACUUGAUGACCAAUUUUCCAAGCUUUUAAAGAUAUUCAAGAAGAUUAACACCAACAUUCCAUUUGUUGAUUCUCUUGAGAAAAUUCCUAACUAUGUUAAGUUUAUGAAGGAGGAUAUGUCAAAGAAAAUAAAUUUUGAGGACUACAAGACUGUGAAGCUUACAGAGGAAUGUAGUGCCAUAGUUCUAAAAAAGUUGCCACAAAAGCUAAAGGUUCUAGGCAACUUUACUAUUCCUUGUAAAAUUGGGGGGCUGUCAUUUGAUAAAGUUUUGUGUGACCUUGGUGCUAGUAUUAAUUUGAUGUCGUUAUCAUUUUUUAAGAAGCUUGUUCUUGAGGAGGUAAAGCCUACAACCAUUACUUUGCAACUUGCUAAUCGUUCUUUUACAUAUCCACGUGGGGUUAUAGAAGAUGUGUUAGCUAAAGUGGAUAAGUUUUUAUUUCUUGCUGAUUUUGUGGCGUUGGAUAUGGAGGAGGACCACGAGAUUCCAUUGAUUCUUGGUCGUUCUUUCUUAGCAACUGGUGGAGCACUUAUUGAUGUACAAGCAGGCCAUUUAACCUUGCGAGUUAAUGAAGAGGAGGUUCGAUUUAAUAUUUACAAUGGUGCUAAUUGGCCAGUAGCUGUGAAUACUUGCAAGAGGAUUGAAUCAUUUUACCCUUUAGUGAGUGGAGAUCAAAAAGAGAGAUAUGUGUAG